AUGCUCUAUGUUGCUGAUUUUGGAAAUCAUCGUAUUCAACGAUUUCAUCCGAUUGGCAACGUAACGGGUGAAACGGUAGCGGAAUCUUGUUCUAUCGUCUCCAACGAUGAACUUAUAUUAGAUAUUGAAAGUACCAUUAGAUUAGUUAGUGGUAUUACAAAUAUUAGUAUAUCUGAUGACAAUGGUUCUGAUAAUAAUGAACAACAAGAAGAGCCUGGUAAAUUAGAGACAUCAACAAAAUCAAUAACAACUAAAAUAAACGAUGAUUUUGCAACAAAUUCAAAUAAUAAGCGUCGUGCAUGGAGUGUACAAGAGAAGCUUCGUGCUACUAAAGACUACCAAAAAUGUAUGAAUUUUAGUCAAAUUAGUAAAAAACAUGGUAGUAGUACAAAAUGCUUAGAACAUGGUCGAAACAUGAACAACUUCGUACAAAGGGUAAACAAUUUAAACGUUUUAAAAGAUGGUCGAUGA